CCAGCUGCCCGCACCCAUGGCGGAGACCACGGAUAACGAGCACUACAGCGACGAAGAGGAACACAUGGUCGGGGACGAGGAAGCAGGCACUGGGAGCGAAGGCGAGGAGGAAGAAUACGUCGUCGGCCAGAAGAGGAAGCUGCCGACCAAGGGGAGCGCGGGCGGCUUCAGCAAGCGCGGCGUCGUCUACCUCAGCCGCGUGCCUCCCAACAUGAACCCGUCGCACGUCCGCCAGAUGUUCUCCAGGUACGGCGAGGUGCAGAGGAUCUACCUCGUCCCCGAAGGUCAAGGUCAUCGCAAGCAUAGUAAUGUUCACGCGAAGGCUUACUCUGAAGGGUGGAUUGAGUUUGCAAAGAAAAGUGUUGCCAAGAGGGUGGCUAAUCUGCUUAAUGGUGAACAAAUAGGUGGGAAGAAGAGGUCCCCCUUUUAUUAUGACAUUUGGAACAUAAAGUAUCUCAGGAAGUUCAGAUGGGAUGAUCUGGUUGGUGAGAUAGCCGAGAAGACUCACAUCAGGGAGCAGAAACUAAACCUGGAGAUAACAACUGCAAAGAAACAACGUGAUCACUAUCUCUCUAAUGCUGAAAAUUCACGUACACAGAAAUUUAUUAGAGAGCGCAUAAAAAAGAAGCAAAAGACUGAAGGAAAAGAGUCCACUGAUGUCCCAGAAACAAAAAUUGAUCGUCCAAUUCCUCGACAGAAUAGAUCAGUUGAGGAGAGAGGCCCUAAGACAAAGCCUAAGCUCUCAAAGAGCAUUUUAGCUGGAGUAUUCGGUGGUUCAUAAUGAUUGAUUUCAGUUCUUGGUGGAUUGGAGGAUAGCAAACUGAAUGUUCAAAGCACAAGAUCACUGUUUUCUUCGUCGACGUUGUCAAAUUGUGUAGAUUGGGCUGUUGUUUCUGGUAGAUUGGCCAAUGCUGUAUUCUGCUGUAAUCCUGACAUGGAUGUACACUGUACUUAGUUUAAACAAUGCAGUAAUAUUACCUAGACGGCUGGUAUUGGUCCA